AUGCCUCGAAAUCAUGCGGCCUCGGCUGUUCUGAACGCCUUCCCGAACGCUUCGGCUGCCGAGCGUGACGUCAGCUGUCACUCAGAGGACCAUAACGAGGAGGACAUCGUUGGUAUGGCACCAUCCGCGAUUCCACCAGCAUCUGAGACCGACUUGACAAAGGCCGCAAUCACACCCGCAAGGGCCACAGCCGCCUUGGUAGCAGACAAGGCGAAAAAGGCAGCAAAGCUGCGCAAGCUGCUUGUUCCCCUUUGCGCCUCUGUUGUCGCGGCCAAUUCUACAUUCCGCAGUAUUCCACUCCUUGCUUCCGCCGCCAAUGCCGGCGACGACGCCACAUCUGAUGCCAUGGACCAAAGCUUGUUGGGUUCUUUAGGGUGGCAUAGGUGGUGCUUGAGAAUGGACGUUACCAAGACUAAGAAUUAA